UAGUAUUGACACCGGAGGCAGUGACCAAACCAUGGACGAGUAUCAAACAGAAGAGGAGACUGCGUUUGUCGUUGAAGAAGUCAGCAAAAUAAUCAAAGAGUCAGUAGAAGCAGCCAUUGGAGGAAAUGCCUACCAGCACAGCAGAGUAAACCAGUGGACCACCAGUGUGGUGGAGCAGUGCCUCAGUCAACUUAGCAAGCUGGGAAAGCCUUUCAAAUAUAUUGUGACCUGUAUCAUCAUGCAGAAAAAUGGAGCAGGCCUGCAAACAGCCAGCACCUGUUUCUGGGACAACUCUACUGAUGGAAGCUGUGCGGUGAGAUGGGAGAACAAGUCCAUGUACUGUAUUGUCAGUGUUUUUGGGCUGGCCAUCUGAACCUACUACCACGUAUCUUAAGUGUUUCAAGUGUGUAUGAUUUUGUGUCUUUUUGAGAACCAGCAUUAAAUUCAUUAAAACAAUA